AUGCCUAAUAACAGAAGAGAAAAAAUUCCGGAAGGUACGUUGUGUGUUGUUUGCUCAGAUUUGGCCAGCGGUAUCCAUUAUUCGGUUGCUAGUUGUAACGGUUGUAAAACAUUCUUCCGACGUGCGCUUGUGAAUAAGCAAGCUUUCCAGUGCCAAUUUUCCGACGAUUGUAUCGUUGAUAAAUCCGUACGAUGUGGUUGUCGAAGUUGUCGAUUAAAGAAAUGCUUCGAAAUGGGAAUGGAUCCAAAUGCUAUCCAACAUGAUAGGGACAAGAUUCGUUAUACCAAACGUUUGAAAAAGAUGAAAGAUGAGAAAGCAUGUGAUAACAGAGAGAUUUUUAAUGGGAAACCGAUGAGAGAGGAAAGAGAAAACAGUCCUCAAAGCACUCUUUCUCUUGAUGACGCAAUUGCAAGUCCAUCAUCAAGCUUUGCUGGGCAAAGUUUGGGACCAGCUAGUAACGGACCAUAUCUCGAUCAUGAUAUUCAAGAUGUACAAGCUGAAAUGUCUGGUUUACUUUCGGAUCUGUUAAGUUUGGAGCACAAACUCGAUGGUGUCCGCUAUUCAAAUAAAUUUCCUCCCCAUACGUCGGCUGCUUCGUGCAUGUAUGAUAGACGACUUCUAGAUGACGAAGCAUGGCUUUCAACCUAUACAGUUCCAGUGCAACCUGUUGCCAUUCCUACACCCUGUGAUCGUGGAAGUAUGCGAGCGUGGUUUGUGAAAGAUUUAACACUAAUGAUUGAAUGGGCAAAAUGUAUUCCACAAAUGAGACAGCUUCUACUUAACGACAAGCUGGCACUGAUUAAAGCAUUUGCACCUGUCUACCCGCUUAUUCAGUUAGCCUAUUAUUCUUGUAAAUAUGAAAAAAAUCAGUUCAUAAACAGUUCUUUGGGAAGUUUGUUAACAGUGUCGCCUGUACCGAGUACAGGGUUAUCAAUUGAGCCUAAUGGAACAGUUGAUGAAGCUGUGAAAGUUGAACGGUUAUGGUAUCCAGAUGGACGUUUUCUGGAAAGGGAAGAUGUAGACGGGAGUAGUACGUUCAGUUGUGGGAAGAAAGCUUUACCAAUAAAUGCUCUUCUCAUUGAUGGUAUAUGUCAGCAAAUUUUACGGCUGAAACUUUCCGAAAGCCAUAUGGUUUUGUAUAAAAUUAUGUUGUUUUUCAAUCCGGAUGCUGACGGGCUCUCUGUAAGAGGAAGGGCAACUGUAGGAAUGGAAAGGACAAAACUUUUGAAUUAUCUGUACGCCCAAAUCAUACGUGAUCGUAUAGGGCGACAAGCCACCGAGCUUUAUUCUAAUAUGCUCAUGAUGACAUCUACUCUUAUCCGUGUUGCCUCAUAUUUGAAGCGCACCUUCGACAUAUCGCACAUAUUUGGUCCUGCAGAUGAUUUGAUUGAUCAGUUGAUUAUUGUUGGCUUAUGA